AUGCUCUUCUACGUCUGCCUGGUUCUCUGUCUGGGGCCAGCCCUCGCUGUGGGCCCCUGCGCGCCGAAUGAGGACCUUCUGGCCCUUCUGAAGAUCAUACACUCCCUGCCGUCAUAUUCGCACCUGUCAGGUGAAAACAAGGCUCUCCUACCCGAACUCAUCUCAGAGGCUCAAGUGUGUCAACUAACGGCCUAUAUCUACAUGGUCGGCUUUCACAAGAUUCUGAGUCUCAUAGACAAUCUGAAUCAAAAUGAAGGUCAUCUGCUUAGUCUUUAUCUACAACAGCACCUGGUGGUGGAGAAGACUUUGGCAGCAAAGCAUCCGCACACUACGAAAGCUUCACAUAUUCACGCCUAAACCACAGAGAAUCCAUCUGUGAAUGUGUACCAACUCUUCUUCAAUAAAGAUACAGUAAAAAACAA